AUUUGUGCUCUCGCUUCUUGACCACCGUACGACUCUGUUAGCACCUAGGCACAUGCCUGUGCUUUCCACGUUCUCCGGGUCCUCUUGUCGUGAGGGCUUUUCGUUGAAGAUCAAACCUUGAGCGGCGUAGGUUGGUGGAGGAGGGCGAUUGCUUUCUUCCAUGGCCGAGACCGUUGGCAAUCUUUGCCGGAAGAUGCACGGCGGCGAAGGGUUUGACACCCUAACCCUCGAUCUCUUCUCCAGGGCCCCGAGUCCUGCUCCCUGCUCCUACUCCAAGCCGGCGAAGCGACCUCGAGUCGACGGUGCUGUCACUAUGGGGAAGGACGAGGAUAGACAGAAUCCCUUCGAUUUUCUGUCUGAGGAAAUUCUUUUCCUGAUCUUGGACAGCUUGGAAUCCGAACCGCUGAGCAAGAAAUCGUUCUCGCUCGUAUGCAGAUCUUUCUACACCGCCGAAUCUUGCCACCGUCGGGAACUCACGCCGCUCCGCUCUGGUCUCCUUCCGGCUGCCCUCGCUCGCUACCCCUCUGUCGAAAAGGUGGACCUCUCACUCUGCCCUACUGUUACCGACACCGUUCUCUUCUCUGUUGGGAACUGCCUACGGUCGUCGCUGCGCUCGAUUGAUCUUUCGCGGUCCAAGGGUUUUUCGCAUGCUGGGAUCGAGAGCGUGGUGGAGAAUUGUGCGAAUCUGGUAGAGAUGAAUCUGUCAAACGCCACGGAUCUGAGCGAUGCGGCCGCUGCCGCGAUUGGGCGAGCGAGGAAUCUCGAGAGGCUGUGGUUGGCAAGGUGUAAAUUGGUCACGGAUAUGGGGAUUGGAUGCAUCGCCGUUGGCUGCCAGAAGCUGAAGCUACUCUGCUUGAAAUGGUGCUUAGGGAUUUCAGAUUUGGGGGUUGCGUUGGUGGCUGUGAAGUGUAAACAACUACGCAAUUUAAAUCUUUCCUUCACGCUGGUAACAGGGGCAGGGCUUGAAGUAGUCCUGCAAUUACCAUAUCUUGAAGAUUUGGCUUUAGUUGGAUGCCUCUGUAUAGAUGAUGGCAGCCUCCUAUCUUUGAAGCAGGAGUGCAAGUCGCUACAAGUGCUAAAUUUGUCAAACUCUCAACCUAUUAAUCAUGCUGGAUUGUCUUCCUUGUUAAAUAUCACUGUAGGUUUACGCCAACUAAACAUGGCAUACUGUUGCAUGGUAACCCAUUCACUUACCAGUAGCUUUCGAAAGCUCGCCAAAUUGCAGUCUGUCAAGUUAGAUGGUUGUGAAGUCACAACAGCUGGAUUAAAAACAAUUGCAAACGCCUGUGUAUCUUUGACUGAACUUAGCCUGAGAAAGUGUUCAGGAGUUACAGAUGAUGGUCUUUCUUCUAUCGUCAUGAAAAAUAAGGGGUUGACUAAUUUGGAUAUUACAUGCUGUGGCAACAUAACAGAUCUCUCCCUUGCUAACAUUACUAGUUCAUGCACUUCCCUCAUCACCCUUCAGAUGGAAUCAUGCACUCUAGUAUCUAAGGAGGGUUUCCGUCUGAUUGGUCAGCAUUGUCACCUCCUGGAGCAUCUUGAUCUCACAGAUAACGAAUUGGAUGAUGAAGGACUAAAAGCACUCUCAGGAUGUCACAAGCUGUCAAUCUUAAAAAUUGGCAUAUGCUUUAAAAUUAGUGAUGAAGGUCUUAUUCACAUUGCAAAAAAUUGUCCAAAGCUCCGAGAGCUUGAUUUGUACAGAUCUGCAGGAAUAAAGGAUGCAGGUAUUAGGGCAAUAGCUCAUGGCUGCCCACAAUUGCAGAUCACCAAUCUAGCAUAUUGUACAUGGAUAACAGAUGCUUCACUAAGAGCCUUAUCAAAGUGCUCAGAUUUGAACACACUGGAAAUUCGAGGCUGUCCUCAAGUUUCCUCUGCAGGUGUUGUAGCUAUUGCUGUGGGCUGCCCUAAACUUACAAAGCUUGACAUCAAGAAAUGCUAUUAUGUGAAUGAUGGUGCAAUGCUUAUUCUUGCACGCUUUUCUCGGAAUCUUCACCAGAUAAACUUGUCUUACUGUUCGAUAACCAAUGUGGGACUUUUAGCACUCGCAAGUGUUGGCUGCCUCCAGAACAUGACAAUUUUACAUUUAAAGGGGCUAACACCAAAUGGUUUGGCAGCUGCUUUGUUGGCAUGUGGAGGUCUAACAAAAGUGAAACUCAACUCCUCUUUUAAACCGUUAAUUCCAAGGCCUCUGCUUGAACAUGUAGAGGAACGGGGGUGUGUGUUUCAGUGGAUAGACAAGCCUUUUCAGGUUGAACUGGAAUCGAGCGAAAUCUGGACGAAGCAAUUGGAGGAAAUGCGUGCUUGAAGAAGUAAACCUCUGAUAAAUCAUUUGUCCACUCUUCUCGUCAUAACAACAAGAUAGCAGUACUAUCAAAUGCUAGGAGAUAUCUGAUACAUACAUAUCAACAUAAAAUCGUUAUACCAAAUCCACUACUGUGCCUGACAGUUUAGAUAGGGAUUUGACCGUGCAGACAAAAAAUCACACGUCUUUUGUUGUUGUGUUUUUGCUGAAGUUCUAGCUCUAGUUAGUCAUGAAUUAGGUUGGUAGAUGAAAAUUAUCCACAAGAGUGAGUUCUGCUAUCUUGGAUUUCUCCAGCCAGUCACCAAGGAGCUUGACUGUGUUACUAUCUGCCGUCCGUAGAAAAUCUCAUCCGAACUGUUGCUAUCUGACCAGCAGCAAAACUUUCUUCUACGCUUCUGAUAAUUCCACUCAGCAAAUAGUUGGAAUUCAGUCUUCAGAGUGUUAAAGAAAUAUGAAUUUUGUAGCAUUUUUAGUAA